UGGGAGGGGGCGAGGGAGCGCGAGUCGAGAGAGAGGGAGGCGGCGGCGGCGGGGAGGAGGAGGAGGAGCAGGCGCCGCCAUGGCCGCCGCUAUCACCGACAUGGCCGACCUGGAGGAGCUCUCCCGCCUGAGCCCUCUGCCCCCCGGCAGCCCCGGGCCGGCGUCGCGGGGCCGGCCUGAGCCCCCCGAGGAGGAGGAGGACGAGGAGGAGGAGGAAGAGGAGGCGGAGGCGGAGGCGGUGGCGGCGCUGCUGCUCAACAGCGGCGGUGGGGGCGGCGGCGGCGGGGUGGGGGGCGGCGCGGUGGAGACCAUGUCGGAGCCGAGCCCCGAGAGCGCCAGCCAGGCCGGGGAGGACGAGGACGAGGACGAGGACGACGAGGAGGAGGACGAGAGCAGUAGUAGUGGCGGCGGCGAGGAGGAGAGCAGCAGCGGCGGGAGCAGCGGCGACGAGACGCGCUCCCUGAGCCCGGGCGCCGCCAGCAGCAGCAGCGGGGAUGGGGACGGCAAGGAGGAGCCCAAGGGACCGCGGGGCGGCCCGGGCGGCGGGGGCGGCGGCAGUAGCAGCAGCAGCGUCGUCUCGAGUGGCGGCGACGAGGGCUACGGGACCGGGGGUGGCGGGAGCAGCGCCACGUCCGCCGGCCGGCGGGGCAGCCUGGAGAUGUCGUCGGACGGGGAGCCGCUGAGCCGCAUGGACUCGGAGGACAGGUCAGUGCUCCCGAGCGUCGCAGCGGUCCCCUCGUGCCCCCGGGUCCCCGGCCUCUCCUUCCCCCCCCCCCACCUCGGAUCUCAGCUCCUCUUCCGUCUCCCCCGCCCCACCUGUCUCCUGCCGACCCCAGGGCCGCCGGGUCCCUGUCCCCACGCCAGAGUAGCUAGCUAG